AAAUGGCGGCUGUGCGCUGUAUUUCAGAUCAAAAUGAGUUUUCGUUUUUAAUUUAAGCCAUUUAUAAGUUAUGUCAUGUACAGGUCUAUAUACCAUUUGGUGAGCAGGGAGAAGGGGGUCCUCCCCAUCCGUGCUGGAGAUAUAUUUGAAUUUAUUGAACAACAUGAUGCAAACUGGUGGCGAAUGCGCGCACAUGAUAGUUCUGUCGGACUCGUUCCUGCUUGCUACUUGCAGCCUGUCGAAACGACUGACCCAGGUGAAACACAAGCAGUAUUAGAGUCAGUAGAUAGAGCUAUAGAAGCCAUCCAUUUACAAGCUGCAAAUUUUGGAGGUGUUUAUACUCAUGAGCAAAGAGCUAAUUUAAGAAAAUUACUUGAGCACCGAAAUCGAAUUAAUUUAGAAGUUGAGGCUAAUCAACCAAUACAGCCACGGCGCCCCGCUCCAACACGCCCACCUGAAAAGGAUAAGGAUGAGAAAAAGAAGGAUAAGGAUGGAAAAAAGAAGGAAUCGACAAAAAGGAGACCAGCUCCUGCAGUUCCAACCACUUCUGCGUCAACACAGGAUUCUGCAGUUCCUACUCCAGCUCCAGCUGUCCCUCAAAGAACUGACCUUGAGCCUGUCAAGAUACGACCUGGAAUUGCUGCAGAGCUGUUAGAACUCCUGAGAAUGAAGAAAGCAGAGUCUCGCAGUGAAGAUGAAGAGGCACUCCUUCAAUCUCAUGAAGGCCAGCAACUAAUUGCAAUUCUUAAUGAGCUGACUGAACACAAGGAAGACUCGCAGCAAAGAAGCUGGGCUGUCCAUGAUGAUGAAGGGAUACUUAGCAAACUCCUGAAAAACCUGCUCAGUAUUUUGCUGGAUGCUGAUCCCGCAGUCUGUCGAACUGUACUCAAGCUUGAUGAUUAUGAUUAUGUCAACAUGCUUGUUGUCUACUUCCAAAUGGAAGAGAGACAAUCACUGCGCCAAAAGUUAAUUGAGAUUUUUGGUUGUAUGUGUGGCUUGGAGAAGGAAAUUCUCUCCCAACUUCUGUGUUCUGUCUUGCCUACAGAACUGGCGAUAGAGAUUAUGAACAGGAAAGAGGAUUUCCCGAGUAACAUCGUAAUGAGAGUACUAGCAUCUCGCAGCACUGCCAAAACACUGAGUGAGAAGAUCAUGUUACUUAUCAACAGAGAAGGUUGGUCAGAGAUAACAACAAUGUGCAAUUAGUCUUGUUUAUCUUCUGAUGCAUCUGUCAA